CCGGAAGAGCCGGGGCUGCGGGGCCGGCGGCCGCCCAGUGCUGGCCGGCCGGGACUACAGGAUGAGCGGUGGGGGCGCUGUGACGGCCGAGCCGCAGGAGCCGGAGCUCCGGGAGCCGGCGCUGCAGGAGCCGGAGCUCCGGGAGCCGGCGCUGCAGGAGCCCGAGCUCCGGGAGCCGGCGCUGCAGGCUCCCGAGGAAGAGCGCCUGCAGCUGAGCGGCCGCCAGGAGGAGGAGGCGGCGGCCGUGGCGGUGGAACCGGACCCGGACCCAAACCCGGACCCGAACCCGGCCCCGGCCCCUCAGCUGCCUGCCCCUGGCGGUUGCUGUCCCUGCGCGAUCCCAAACGAAAACGCCGAAACUAAGAAGAAAGCUUCCUGUCCGGGACUUGGCUUGUUUUAUGCAUUAUUGUCUGCCUUCUUUUUCUCGGUGGCCUCCUUAUUAGUAAAAAAAAUACAAGAUAUCCAUUCAACAGAAAUUAGUGCAUUUCGAUGUGUGUUCCAAAUGUUAUUCAUUCUUCCCUUCUUAAUGUACAAAAAAACGGGGUUUGUGGGACCAAAAGGCAAACGAAUUUUCCUUCUCUUCAGGGGAAUCUUUGGUUCCACAGCCAUGAUCCUUCUCUACUAUGCUUUCCAGUUAAUGCCCAUCGCUGAUGCCACUGUUAUCACAUUUACUACUCCAGUUUUCACUUCACUAUUUGCUUGUAUAUAUCUCAAGGAAAAAUAUAGUUUUUGGGAUCUUUUGUUCACUCUCUUUGCAAUUGCUGGCGUGCUGCUUAUCGCAAGACCACCAUUUUUGUUUGGCUCCAACACAGCAGAAAUAGAAGACGACCAUUCCCACCACCUCAAAGGAGCAUUAGCAGCUGUGGGCAGUGCCCUGUGCGGUGCUCUGACACUUGUUAUCCUAAGAAAGGUGGGGAAGUCUGUGCACUACCUUCUGAGCAUUUGGUACUAUUUGGUGAUUGGACUGUUGGAGUGUGUCAUCGCACUCUUCGUGUUGGGGGAGUGGCGGCUACCUCAUUGUGGUUUAGAUAGGCUGUAUUUGAUAUUAAUAGCACUUUUGGGGCUGGGGGGGCAGAUUUUUAUCACAAGAGCACUUCAGAUAGAAAAGGCAGGGCCUGUGUCCAUAAUGAAAACAAUGGAUGUGGUCUUUGCUUUCAUACUUCAGAUUAUUUUCCUGCAUAAAAUACCAACCUGGUGGACAAUAGGUGGUGCACUUUGUGUGGUAACCAGCAGCUCUGGAGCUGUCAUUCGCAAUUGGUAUAAUAAUUCCAAAGUGAGUCAUCAGUCCUAAAAUAGACAUGUCAGGUAGAAUUUCAUCCCAGUGAUACAGAAAAUUUUAAGGUAUAUUUUUAUUUAUUGUUCAUCCAGGUUAUAAGUUUAAUAAUUGGAGUAUAAUUUUCAAAAACAACAUAUGUGUUUAUAAUAGUUUUAAAUGACUUGGCUAGUUUGCUCUCCCUGGCAUUAUGAAUUUUUAUCAAAAGAAAAAAUUUUGAUUCAAGUUUUUUUUCAUGACUGGAACAAAAAAGUGCUUGUAAAAUGCUUUUUAAAAAAGAGUAAUUGUCUUUAUUAUGAGCACCUGGAUAGAAUAGGGAAUUAAGGAUAUUUUGAGCUACAUGAUGGCCAAAUUAGCAUUAUCUUAAUUAAAAGAAUAAAUAUUUACAUUUAUCAAUUUUAGUACAAUAAGCAAAAACUUAAAAUAGACAUCUUGAUUUUUUUUUAAUUGUGCAAAUUUAUUUUUUUUAGACCAAAGCCAAGUCCUAUAAAGUGCCUUUCCAUGCUCAUACUAGAAUUUGAACAGGCAAAAGCUUUGCUUUUUUUUUUUUUUUAAAAGCAAAAAGUCCUUAAGUCAAAUUUGGCCAAUCAUUUAAGUAGCCACAGUAAUAAUAACUACAGCUUACAAUUUUAAUUUUCCUAUAUUAUUAUGUAAAACUGCACUCAAAUUUUGUUUUUCAAAUCAUAAAGGGACAAAAUAUAGCAUAUUUUAGCCACAUUUAUAGCCUAAAGUGGUUUCCUUCCCAAAAAAGGUAGUUUUCUAUAAAUCUGUUCUAGACAUAUAAAGCAAUACCAAGUGGAAAUCUCUCAGGAUUUUAGAUAACUUUUUAAAAUUACUUUUUACAGUAACCUCUAAACCAAAAACAUGGCUUAGAGAACUUUGGUGUACUUUUAAAAGCCAACUUUUCUAAGCAAGCAUUCGUCAUCUUAAUUUAUCAGAGAACAGACUUUUUUUUUUCCAAUGUAAUUGGAAUGUGGUUUCUUAUUUUUUUUAAUGUCAAAACCUUUUGUCAUUAUCUUCAUGAUGCCUUGAAUGGAAAAAAAUAAAUAUUUCACUUCACUUUAAAAUGAUGGACAAAUAAUUGCUGGUAUGUUAUUGUAUGUUAUAUGCAUUAAGUCCAUUUAAGUUAAAUGACACCAUGGGUUCAAAUAUAACAUUUCAUAUGUAGCAUCUGUCAAGCCAGAAUUUACCAUGCCUACAAAUGGAAGAAACUGUUAUAUCCAGGAGACUAUUUGGUAGCUUGCUUAGUAUGUAGCUUAAUGUAAGAUGAAUGGAUUUGGGAAUGGAAGACCUGGUUUUCAGUUCUGGCUUUUGUUGCUCAUUGUUUUUGAGCCCUGGCCAGGUCACUUACCUCUGGGCUUUCCAUUUCCUCACCUGUAGACCUCUAGCUCCAGGGAAUACAAACAAAAGACCUCUGUGUUUGGUCUUAAGCACCUCCCUAAUUACCCCAAGCUGACUUUCCUGUUAGCCUAACCCUUGAGCCACUGAGUUGGAGUAAUAGAGCUUUCCCUUCGAUUUUCUGGUCAUUUAUUCUGAAGAAACAGGGAUUUGAGGUCCUGAUGCCUUUAUGAGAAUUUAUUUUCCUUUCUGGAAAUAAUCAUGAGAAUACUUUUUCCCCCUCUCAGUCCUUCCUGACUGAAGAAUUGCAAAUGAAGAUUAAACAAAGAUUGAUUUUUGCCUAUAUAACUAACCUCCAUAGUAUGUUAAUUGAAACGUUUGCAGAAAUGUCAGUUCCUGACUAUCUCUGAAAUCAUACAAUGUUAGAACUGGGAUGUCAGAAAUGAUCAAAUCCAGUGAUUCUCAAAGUAUGAUCUGGGGAUUUCCUGGGCAUCCUGAGACCCUUUCAGGAGUCUGUGGGUCAGACUUAUUUUUAUAAUAAUACUAAGAUGUUUUUUAAAAAAGAGGUUUUCAUUUCUAAUAUGAUAAGUAUCAAUAGAUAUACCCCUUAUAAAACCUUUUUGGGGGCCUCAGUAAUUUUAAGGGUCUUCCUAUUGUUGUUCCCCAAAUAACCCUUAUUCCCCAUCCCCUCAUAUAUCCAGUGAAAGGAUUUGAUUUUCCCCAGGUCUUUUUAUCUAUCAUAGGUAUCUCUAUUAAUACCACGAUAAACCAAGGUAAGUAAACUACUCUGUACUCUAUGCAAAGGUGAAUUACGCCUCAUAGGGAAUACCUGAUAAAUAUCGUAUCUUCUGCAGGGUCCCCUGGGAUCCUGAAACCUAAGUCACUUUGCUCUAACACAUGGAAAGUCGAUUUCAUCUGUGUAAUUUAAUCAUUAGGAGAUCAUGAUGAAAGUUUACCACCUCUCCAGACUUUUGCUUCAGAUCUCCAUCCUUGGAACUCUGAAGAACUUAGAGUUUAUGAUUUUUAUUUUAAAAGAAGGGCUUAUAAUGUUUAAAAUAUGCAAAGUCCUAUGUGUUGUAAGACUAUUUUUUGGUAUAUGUAUUUUGCAGAGAUCUUUACUAUUUCUUGAAAAAUAAAAUAUUUUCAGAAGAUGUUUUUAUUUCAU